AUGAGCCUUGACAAAGUGAAAAAGGACAUUCAUCUAUGGAAAGAGGAGUUAAGAUCCAAGACUGACGCCAGGCCACAAAAGGAGUGGAAGCUCUCUUCCUUGAGACAUGAUUUAGAACAAAUGAAAUACACAAUGGAGUCCUACAAAGCCGAAUUGGGAACCGAAUUGCCAAGCCAACUCUCUGUUCAAGAGCAGAAGGAAGUUGAUAGGUUGAAUGAUAAGAUUCAGCAGUUGUCCAAGGAAGCCAAAGACGCUUAUCAUGCGAGAAUGAAGUUGGAGACAGAAAAGACGGAAAAAGAGACGCAAUUGGAACAUAAUCUUUUCCGUAAACGAGAAGAGUUAGAGUCAAGACUUGCUGAAGUUUCUGAACAAGAUCUUGCUGAACGACUCCAAGAGGCUCAAGAAGAGUUGAAAGAGGCCGAAAAUCGAAUUGAAGCGGAAAAGCGCACAGUGGAUGAAGUUGAGAGCCGGUUGGCGUCAUUAAUGCAAGAUCAGCGCCGCUUGGAAGCUGAGCUAGAAGCGAGACGUGCGGAAGAAAAGGACUACGCAGAGCGAAUUCAAGAUGAUCAACAGAGUCUGGAGAAAAUGCAAUCAAAGCAGAGUCAACUCUUCAAGAAAAAGGAGGAGAAUAUGAAAAAAAUUCGUGAUCUCGGAUCGCUUCCAGCUGACGCUUUCGAUAAGUUCCAGGAUAAGACUCCCAAACAGCUCUAUAAGCUCCUUGAUAAGGCUAACCGCGAGCUGAAGCGUUACAGCCAUGUGAACAAGAAGGCUCUAGACCAAUUCGUUAGCCACUCAGAGGAGAAAGAAAAGCUGCUGAAACGAAAAGAUGAGUUGGACAAGGCUCACCAGGCUAUUAUUGAGCUUAUGAAUGCUCUUGAUCAACAGAAGUACGAGGCCAUCACACUUACAUUUAAACAGGUCUCAAAGAACUUCCAGGAUAUAUUCAAGAAACUUGUACCAGAAGGCCGUGCAGAACUUGUCAUGCAUCGUGGAAAGAGGGCUGCAGAUGGUGAUGAAGGCAGUGAUAAUGAGGGUCGAGAUACCUCAGCAGGACCUAUUCCUGAUGUGGAACUCUUCACCGGUGUAGGCAUUCGCGUCUCCUUCACCGGCGAGACGGCGGACAUGCGUGAUAUGAAUCAGCUGUCCGGUGGUCAAAAAUCUCUCGUGGCUCUUACUCUCAUUUUCGCAAUCCAAAAAUGCGAUCCCGCGCCUUUUUACCUUUUUGACGAAAUCGACGCUGCGUUAGAUGCCCAAUAUCGUGCCGCGGUGGCGGAUAUGAUCAAGGAUCUUAAAUCCGAUGCCCAAUUCAUCACUACCACAUUCCGACCUGAAUUAUUGGAAUCCGCUGAGAAGUACUAUGGCGUGAAGUUUCGUAAUAAGGUAAGCGAUUGA